UAAAUUUCUACUUCAAAAUCUUUAAUAUAAUUUCCCACAAACCACUGGCAGUGUACAAUAAAUUCGUGGCUCUGGCAAGAAAUUCCCCCGAAAAUAGUUUAGCCACCAUAAUUGGCUUCCAAUAAUAUAUUUCUUGGCCCAGAAAAGCCAGCGAAAUGGAUCAAGCUCCGUCAGCAGCAGCAGCAGCAGAAGCAGCUCCCACAUGGACAUGGACAUGUGCCGGGCCGAAAUUAAAUGCGAGUCAGAGACUCUGUAGCUCCACAGCUCCUCAUUCCGAGCUCUGAGCUGCGUGGCAUGCGAGGCACGUUGACAACGAUGACGUGAGUCUUGGAGGGCUAAGCCCGAGAGAUGGAACUGAAGUUUUUGGGAGGUGGGGCGCAGACAGGGACAGUCAGGCAGGCAGGUUGUUGAUAUUAAAGCGACAUUAACAUUGAGCUUGAUGGCUGCGUUGAUGGGCCACGAUACGUUUUUAAAUGCGCAAAAAAAUAGUCAUACAUUCGGAUUCGCACUGUGCACCAUGCAUCUGGGAUUGGGGCGAGUUAUCAUAAUACAACCUUGCGACCGUUACUGAAUUCUGAUCGGCGGAGAAUCCGAGGGAAUCCGCUGUCGUGGCAUAAAUAGCGGAGCACCCACAGCAGCCGGGCACAAACCGUUAGCACUCCUCGUCGUCCGGUACUCGAAUAUAAUGAAGCGGAACCAACCAACCAUCCUUGUCCUGGCCCUCGGCCUGCUGGCCAUAUCCGCCAUUUCGGCCAUGCCUCAGCGAAACCGGGUGAAGAGCCAGCGCCAGGUGGAGUACUCAUCCACCCCGUAUCCGGCCGCCGGCUUCCGUCCCAGGAUUCCCUUCAAUCUGCCCGGCGAGGUGCAGCCCAAGCUGGAGGCCGAACCACUGGCCACCACCCCGAGCAUUCCCAGCGAUGUGGAGACUCUGGAGAAUACCGAACCCCUGAGCACCACGGAGCAGCAGCUGCAGCCGGAAACGGAAGUGGCAGCGGAAGCGGAGACUGAAGCGGAUUUGGAGGUGGCCAUCCGCACGCCCGCCAAAACUUACGGCACCCCCGGAGAGCAGGAUCCCCUAGAGCCCGACACCGUGGUGGUGGUGGCCCAGGAGCCGGCCCGUGACUUUCAGCCACCCACGCUCGAUGCUGUCGAGGACUUUGCCACCGAUGGUGCUGCUGCUGCUGACGGCCAGCAGCCUGUUGCUGAUGUCCCUGCCCUGCAGGCCGAGCAGGAGUUGAUUCCCGAGGCGGAGGUCAAGGCCGUUACCCCGGCGGGAACCUACGGACCACCUGCUGCUACCUAUGGAGUGCCCGAGUUGGGUGAGACAGAGAACGAGUUGGAUCUGGAGGAGUCGCAGGUGGAACUGGUCGAGGAGGCAGCAGCAGAGGAGGCCCUGACCAACCAGCUGGCCAGUGGUCGCCUAAUCCUUUUGCCUUUGGGAGCCCGAGGAACGCAGCUUGGACGCCUCGUCUUGGCCGUGGAGCAGCCACGUCGACGACGACUGAGGAGCGAGCGCCUGAGAAGGAUCUAGGGGAUUCAUUUCUAAAAACAGUUGAAAAACUGGAAAAUGCAGGAUUAUGUGAAACAAAAUAUACGUAUCUACUUGACAUGAAAA